CUCCCUUCUUUCAACACCUUAAAAACAAGAAAAGGCGAUUACCUCUUUAGCCUUUAGCUUCCAAUCUCUCUCUCUUCUUUACCUCAACACACUUUUCAUUACCUCUCGCUCUCUCCUUCUCUUCUGUGGCGGCGGCUGUUCUUUCAAUUCUUCCUGUUUGUUUAUUCUUGGAUCGGUUCUUUCUCCAUCUCUCUCUUCGUUGCUCGAUCUGCAAUUGAAUCGAUCUGGGUGUUCUUGGGUUCCUUUAGGUAAGAACCGCCAUGAUUGCGGCCACGCAGCAGCAGCAGCAACAACAACAACAACAGAAAGCAAUAGCGCCGUCUGCGGAGGAAGAGGCCUUGAAAAGGAAUACGGAUUGCGUUUACUUUCUUGCUUCUCCUUUAACCUGCAAAAAGGGAAGUGAAUGCGAGUAUCGCCAUAGUGAAUAUGCCCGGGUUAACCCAAGGGAUUGUUACUUCUGGUUGAAUGGGAAUUGCUUGAAUCCAAAGUGUGGGUUUCGUCAUCCACCACUUGAUGGCUUGUAUGGAACCCAAGCAUCAGCUUCUUUGCCUCCAUCACAUUCAGCAGUCUUACCUGCCUCAAACACUCAAAAUUCAGCUAAACAAGCAGUUGCUUGCAUUUUCUUCCAGAAGGGCCUCUGCUUAAAAGGUGAUAGAUGUGCUUUCUUACAUGGACCAAAUCAUGUUAGUUACAAACUUUUACAGCCAAUGGUACCCUCUAAUGUUGAAUAUUCACCUCAAAAGAAGACUUCUAAUGGCCCUCAGAAGAUUCCACAGGGAAAUUUCUCCAAAAUAGUUGGAGCACCUGCUGAAGCUAAACCUGCACCCAAACCAGAAAUUGGUCCACCAAGAAGUGGAGCAGGAGUUGAAAGGAAUCAUCCACCACCUAAGAGCAUGGAAGCUGAGCUUUCAAAAUACAAAGAAACAAAUGUUGCUCCCGUUGUCAAUCGAAACUCAAGUCGUUUCAAUCAUUUGCAGAAGUCACAAGUGUCAGAUGAGCCUGGUUUCCAGAAUGGUAAGGAUCCUGAUGAGCUUUUGAGGGAGUCCUCUCCCGGUUUUGAUGUUCUUGUAGAUGAUGAGUUGAGAAAUUCCGAUUAUUACCAUGGUGAAGAUCAAUAUGCAAAGACAAGAGGUCGUGAAGGAAGGAGCUUGAACGCGGGGAAUGAAUAUGAUAUGGGUCAUUCUGCUGAUUACAGUUCAGUUGCUGACAUUGACCAAGAAACAUAUCCUGAUCUCCGAGGCUACGAUGCUUAUGAAUGCAUGCAAGGGCAAUAUGCUUGGGAACAACAUAGGGCUUCAUCAGAGAGAAUGCUAGUCGAGCCAGCUCAUUUGGAACGGAGAGCUUACUCAAAAGCAGAUAGCCCUGAACUUUUUGAUGAAUCAGAUCUGCGUUAUCGUUUGUCGAAACAUAGGAGAGUUGAUGGCUUGAGAUCAAUUGUCAGUCACGAUUUUGUCCCUGAAAACCAUGUUGAGGAUAGAGGUUAUCGCGGUUCUUCACGAGGGGACUCGCAUAAUUUACCUGCACAUGAAAGCUCAAUGAGCAGUCGCUUUCGUGGUAGGAUAAAGCUUCCAGAAGGAUCUGCAACCAGCAGUGAUUUACUUGUUGAAAGGGAAAUAGACAGGGGUAGGGUUCAGGCCAGAUCAUCACCAGGAAGGUCACAUAUCCCUUCUCAUCAAGGGAGGCUUCGUGACAGAAUAAAAGCUAGGGUGGAAGAGGACUUCAAUAGUGAACUGAGAAAUGUUAGAGGUAUUCGAAUGAGAAGAGAACUGACAGCUAAUGGAAAUACUGAUUUUGCUGGUCCUAAAAGUCUUGCAGAGCUGAAAGGUACAAAAAGUACAGAAGGUAGGAUGCAACAAUCCCUUGGAAAGAGAAAACAAUUGGAAGAUUACCAACCAUCUGAAGGUGAUCUUUCAUUCGAAGGCCCAAUGCCUCUUAGUGAGAUUCUAAAGAGAAAAAAAGAGGCUGAAGCUGUGGCUAAUGGCAAUGGAAUAUCUUUUGUCAAUGAAUAUGAUAAUGAUAAAAAAGAAAGCAAGAAAAUCCUUGGAAGCUUGGACGUUGUAGCAGUUGCUGACACACAAGAUGCUUAUACAUCCAUAAAGGAUGGAGCCAGCAAGGAAGUGCUUAAAGAUGAAGGAUCCAAGUCUGCAGCUGCUGCUGGAGUUGGAACGGUUGGAAAAACUACUGAAGUUGCAGUUGGUCUGUAUUCUUCUCAACAACGUAAUCGAAGUGAACCUGAGACUGAAGAUGGGAUGAUUGUUGAUAAUGGGGUCGAAGAUCAUGAGUAUGAAGGUGAAGAUCAAAGGGAGGGGGACUACGAAUAUGAGCAAGUUGAUGGAGAGUAUUAUGAAGACGGGGAAAAUGCAGACGCAGAAGCAGAAGAAGAAUACGAAGAUGACGAAGAUGGAGACGACUUUGCUAAGAAAAUUGGCGUAAUGUUCUCGUAAAAGGCAGUUGGAAAGAUUCGAUGUUUUUGGGUAUUAUUAUGGUUCGUUGACGAUCGUGGGGAGUGAUUAUGGUUGGCUGGUUUUGAUCAACAGGUGUAAUUGCCAUGGGUUUAUUUCUAGAAGUAGGAAUAUCAAAGUUCUCCGGUAUUAAUUUAAACUUCCCUUUUUUUUUUUAUUUAAUUAUUUGUAUCUAGCACUGAUUGAAUGGAAAUUUUCUGGUGCUUUGGGUGUAGCUUUAGCCCAUCUCUUCUGAUCGCACAAAAAGGCUCGAAUGUAACAGUUUAACAGUUAAUAAGAAAACUGCUGCUUACUCCUCAAAA